GUGUACAGUACGCUUCGCCGGACCUGACCUCAAUUCGGAUCAGUCAUGGCUCCUCCGGCCAUAUCUGCCCGAUCUUCGUCGCCGUCGCAGCCAUCCGGAAAAGGCGAAGUUGCGGAUGUGAAAUCGCAGCUCCGGCUUCUGGCCGGCAGCCGAGCACCGGGAGCAGAUGAUUCCAAGCGUGAUCUUUUUAAGAAGGUUAUCUCUUACAUGACGAUCGGCAUUGACGUGUCAUCGGUUUUCGGAGAGAUGGUGAUGUGCUCAGCAACAUCGGAUAUUGUUUUGAAGAAAAUGUGUUAUCUCUAUGUUGGAAACUAUGCAAAGGUUAAUCCGGACCUCGCACUUUUGACGAUCAAUUUUCUUCAAAGAGAUUGCAAGGAUGCGGAUCCAAUGAUCCGGGGUCUUGCUUUGAGGAGCUUGUGUUCAUUACGAGUGACGAACCUGGUGGAGUAUUUGGUGGGGCCCUUGGGUGCAGGGUUGAAGGAUAAUAGUAGUUAUGUGAGGAUGGUAGCAGCUAUGGGGGUUCUGAAGUUGUAUCACAUAUCAGCUUCAACUUGUGUUGACGCAGAGUUUCCCGCAAUGCUUAAGCAUUUGUUGCUUAAUGAUCCAGAUACACAGGUGGUUGCAAAUUGUUUAUCUGCCCUGCAAGAGAUUUGGAGUUUAGAAGGAAGUGGCUCCGAGGAAGUAUCCAGGGAGAGAGAAAUUUUGCUCAGCAAAUCAGUUAUAUACUAUCUUUUGAAUCGGAUCAGGGAAUUCAGUGAAUGGGCGCAAUGCCUUGUGCUUGAGUUGGUAGCUAAGUAUGUACCAUCAGAUAGCAAUGAGAUAUUUGAUGUCAUGAAUCUGCUCGAGGAUAGACUUCAGCAUGCAAAUGGUGCGGUUGUCUUGGCCACCAUUAAAGUAUUUCUUCAUUUGACUUUAUCGAUGACUGACGUUCAUCAGCAGGUAUAUGAACGUAUUAAAGCUCCUCUUCUGACCUUAGUGAGCUCAGGAAGUCCAGAGCAAUCUUAUGCCGUUUUAAGUCACCUGCAUAUUUUGGUGAUGCGUGCGCCUUUCAUAUUUGCUUCAGACUAUAAACACUUCUAUUGCCAGUAUAAUGAGCCAUCUUAUGUCAAAAAAUUGAAGCUUGAGAUGUUGACUGCAGUGGCAAAUGAAAGUAACACCUAUGAAAUCGUGACGGAAUUAUGUGAAUAUGCUGCAAAUGUUGAUAUUCCCAUUGCAAGAGAGUCGAUCCGUGCAGUCGGGAAAAUAGCUCUUCAGCAGUAUGAUGUGAACGCGAUUGUUGAUCGGCUUCUUCAGUUUCUGGAGAUGGAGAAGGACUAUGUAACUGCUGAAGCUCUGGUUCUUGUAAAAGAUCUGCUGAGAAAAUAUCCCCAAUGGAGUCAAGAUUGCAUUGCGGUUGUUGGGAACAUAAGCAGCAAUAAUGUCCAAGAACCCAAGGCCAAAGCAGCUCUUAUAUGGAUGCUGGGUGAGUACUCUCAGGAUAUGCAAGAUGCACCUUAUAUAUUAGAGGGUUUGGUUGAAAAUUGGGAGGAUGAGCACUCCGCUGAGGUUCGGUUACAUCUUCUCACAGCAGUAAUGAAGUGUUUUUUUAAGAGGCCACCUGAGACUCAGGGGUCCUUGGGAGCUGCACUGGCUGCAGGUCUUGCUGAUUUUCACCAGGAUGUUCAUGAUAGGGCCUUAUUCUACUACAGGCUUUUGCAAUAUGACAUAAGUGUAGCAGAACAAGUGGUAAACCCUCCAAAGCAAGCUGUUUCUGUCUUUGCUGAUACCCAAAGCAGUGAAGUCAAAGAUCGAAUAUUUGAUGAAUUCAACAGUUUGUCUGUUGUAUAUCAAAAGCCAUCAUACAUGUUUACUCACAAGGAACACAGAGGUCCUUUUGAAUUUUCAGACGAAAUUGGACAUGUAUCAAUUGGCACCGAAUCUGCAGAUACUGCUGUUCCAGCUAACAGGGUCGAGGCAAAUGAUAAGGAUCUUCUUUUAAGUACAUCAGAGAAGGAGGAGACAAAAGUUCCCAAUAACAGUUCCUCUGCAUAUAGUGCUCCCUCAUAUGAUCUUACCUCUGUAUCUGUUCCCACUUCUCAACUAUCGGAUUUGGUGAUAUCAAAUUCCACUGUGCCAGGACAUGCUCCACAGUCUUCUAGCUUUGCAAUUGAUGACCUACUUGGUCUGGGUUUUCCUGCUGCCCCUGCUCCUGCUCCUGCAUCUUCGCCUCCUCCUUUGAAGCUUAACCCAAAAGCUGUUUUGGAUCCAACUACUUUUCAGCAGAAAUGGCGCCAACUGCCCAUAUCAUUAUCACAGGAUUAUUCUAUUAACGCUCAAGGAGUUGCAGCACUGACUACACCCCAAUCACUCCUGAAACAUAUGCAAGGCCAUUCCAUCCACUGCAUCGCUUCUGGUGGAAAAUCUCCCACCUUCAAGUUCUUCUUCUUUGCCCAACAAGCAGAAGGAUCUUCAACAUUUUUGGUCGAGUGUAUAGUCAACACAUCCUCUGCGAAAGCUCAAAUAAAGAUCAAAGCCGAUGAUCAGAGUGCAACAGAGCCCUUUUCAUCUGUAUUUCAAUCAGCUUUGUCCAAAUUCGGCAUGGCAUGAGCACAGUAAAAUAAAAUCUUAGCCGGAAAAAUAGAUGUUUAAGAAGUGGAGGUCCUUCAAUCAAUAUUCUCAUCAGACGAAAGGAAAAGGAGUGAUUUUGUAGCUGUAGAUGAAACUACAAUUGAGAUUUGCAUGUGGGUUGCUUGUUUCUGUUGUGUACCUUAACCCACAACCCCAACAUUUCUGGUGAAACUUCCUUGUAACAUUACAUGUAAAAUACUUGUGUAUGUCAAAUUUUUGUUAGCAAAAGCUGUGAGCAGAAUAAAAUUUCAUAUGUUAAUAC